AUGGAUAAUGCCAAUUUUCCGCAGUUUCAGUUCGAUACUGAUUUUAGCGAGAUGGCAGACACUGAACAGGAGAUCACGCUCAUCUUUACGUCCCUUCUCUCAGAAACACAAUUGCUUACUGCCCCAGAAGCCGCUGCAAAGAUCAACGAUCUUUUCCCGCACCAACCUCACAAGGACGGGAACAAAAAAUCACCAGGAGGUUUCCUUGCCGCCUUUUGGGACAUUGCGUUCCAAAUCGCUGUCCAGCUUGACUACCGAACUCAACAAAUGCAAAAGUUCAUCUCUUUGAUUAAAGCCCUUCGUGAUCUGCCCAGUACUGCUAUCCUGGAGGACGGCCGGAGGUUAUGGCAGGACUUACCAGACCUGUCGCUUUUCUUUACUGAAAGAUGGAAUCAAGCGGGCAUUACGAAUCAAGCUACUAUUCCCCCUGAAACCAUUCAGCAUUGGAUCAACUUAAAUGGCCUAGCUGCAUAUCUCACGAUUGGAAAUCUCUAUGGAGGUUGGUACCGCGCGUUGGAAAGUAUCAAACUAGGCCUUGAGAACGGCAGCAGAAGAGAAGCUCAAACGAUCAUCGAGUGCUUCGCACAAGCAGCGGCGCCUUGGUUCAUUCUGUCGUCACAGCAGAUUUAUCACAUGUGCAGAGAGAAUGCGCUCCAAGACUCAAGUAUUCGGGGGAAUCUAUGGAAAGGGAGACCUGGGUUCAAUUUGGAGCGUUGGGCUUUUUGGCGAUCACGAUUUAUCGAGUUGAGAAAUCACUCGUUAGCGACUGAUGAGCUGAGGAGGGUUCUCGCGGAGGCCGAGGCUGCCAUGGAGAGAGUGAGCGAGUGA